GUCACGUAAACACGGUGGCGUUCUAUAAACAUUAACUUUUACGCAAUAAAUCCAUAAAUAAACGCACAAAAGUUUCCGUAUUAUAUUAUGUUUAGCACACGUUUGCAGAGACGUGAAAACAGUAAACGAUAUUCUCUAUUUAUACUCAUAAACCUGUAAAAACUACCGACAUUGUAUUUUUGUUUGUUUCUCCAUUAUUCGAGUAACGGACAAUAGACCGCCGCAUGUUUGAAAACCGGAUCAAGUAGGAAUAUCCAGCAUCCGACAUUGAAUAAUACGGGCUAUACACGAACAUUAGAGAGUAAACAGUGCUGUAAAUAAGAAGUGAGUAGAAGCAUGUAAAUUGAGAUUCAUGUUAAUAAAUGCCGCAUUAUUCUCAUCAUCCUAAACGAAGACUUGCUUCAACACGAACAGGAAUAACUCCAGGUGUUACAGCUGAGAUCUGCGUGAGAAAUCAUUGUAAAAUUAUGUUUAUUAAAGAAGAGAGUGAGGACAUGAGUUAUCCAGAAGCAUGCAGUUCAAAUGCCAUGAAAGAUGAAGAUACUGAGGAGCAAAGAGAGCUGAUGAAAGUGAAAGAGGAAAGUGAGGAACUGAAUGAAGAGGAGAAACAACAGUAUCAGAAACAUGAUCGUUUCAAAACUGAAGAAAAAUAUUUUAGUUUCUCACAGAUUAAAAAGAAACGCUCACAAAAAAAAACUCAAAGAACAAAAGCAAAAAAAUCUCUUACCUGCCCUCAUUGUGGAAAGAGUUUCACACAUAAAGGAAACCUUAAAGUCCAUGCAAGAAUUCACACUGGAGAGAAGCCUUUCAAAUGUAAUGAAUGUGGGAAGAGUUUCAGAUAUGCAUAUAGUCUCAAAGAUCAUCUGUCCUUUCUCUGUGGAGAAAAGUCGUAUAGCUGUGAUCAGUGCUGCAAAACAUUUUCUUCAGCAUCACUCUUAAGAACACACCGGACAAUUCAUCCAAUUAAGAAGCCUUACUUGUGUUCACUUUGUGGAAAGAGUUUUUUACAUGUGAAAAAUUUGAAAGAUCAUCAAAACUUACAUGGUGUGAGAGAUCAUGUGUGCUCUGAGUGUGGGAAGGCCUUUCACAGACCUUACGACUUGGAACGCCAUGAAAGAAUCCACACUGGAGAAAAACCUUUCAAGUGUUCACAUUGUGGAAAAAGUUUCAGUAGUUCAGGAAACCUGAAAGCACACGAGAGAGGGCAUACUGGAGAGAAGCCAUUCCACUGCACUUCAUGCGGUAAGAGUUUCAUUACAUCAGGAAACCUGAAAGCACACGAGAGAGGGCAUACUGGGGAGAAGCCAUUCCACUGCACUUCAUGUGGGAAGAGUUUCUUUACAUCAGGACACCUGAAGUCACAUGAGAGAAGGCAUACUGGAGAGAAGCCUUACUACUGCACUUCUUGUGGGAAGAAUUUUACCCGAUCAAGUACUCUACUGACUCAUAAAAAAAAUCAUUGUCCAGGGUCAUCACAGGACCCCUCAAGCUCCAUCAGAAGACUUGUUUCAACACGAACAGGAAUAACUCCAGGUGUUAUCUGCGUGAGAAAUCAUUGUAAAAUGAUGUUUAUUAAAGAAGAGAGUGAGGACAUGAGUUAUCCAGAAGCAUGCAGUUCAAAUGCCAUGAAAGAUGAAGAUACUGAGGAACAAAAAGACUUGACGGAAGUGAAAGAGGAAAGUCAAGAACUGAAUGAAGUGGAGGAGAAGCACCAUACAUUUCAGAGGCUUGAUGAUUUUUUAACUGGACAAAACUCACAAAAACAUAGAGUAAAGAAAUCUUUCAUCUGCCGUCUGUGUGGAAAGGGUUUUUCAGAGAGAUGUCACCUUAAGAAUCACAUGAGAAUCCACACUGGAGAGAAGCCUUUCACCUGCCCUCAUUGUAUGAAGAGUUUCAGAGAGAAAAGUCACCUUCAGAGUCACAUGAGAAUCCACACCGGAGAAAAGCCUUUCACCUGCCCUCAUUGUAUGAAGAGUUUCAGAGAGAGAAGUCACCUUCAGAGACACAUAAGAAUUCACACUGGAGAAAAACCUUACACAUGCCAUCAGUGUGGGAAUACUUUCAAACAGAAAGGAAGUCUUACUAAGCACAUGAUAAUUCACUCUGGAGAGAAGCCUUUCACAUGCCAUCAGUGUGGGAAUACUUUCACACAGAAAGGAAGUCUUACUAAGCACAUGAGAAUUCACAAUGGAGAGAAGCCUUUCACAUGUCCUCACUGUGGGAAGAGUUUUACAGAGGGAUGUCAUCUUAAGAAUCACAUGAGAAUUCACACAGGAGAAAAACCUUACACCUGCCAUCAGUGUGUGAGGUGUUUCUCACGUAAAGGAAGUCUUAUUAUGCACAUUCGAAUUCACAAAGGUGAGAGGCCUUUUACAUGCCAUCAGUGUGGGAAUACUUUCACUCGUAAUGAAUGUCUUACUAAGCACAUGAGAAUUCACACUGAUGAAAAGCCUUUCACAUGCCCUCACUGUGGGAAGAGUUUCAGACAGGCAUGUGGUCUCAAAAAUCAUCUGUCCUUGCACUCUGGAGAAAAGUCAUGCUGUGAUCAGUGCGGCAAAACAUUUUCUUCUGGAUCAGUUUUAAGAACACACAUGAAAAUUCAUGUAAAUGAGAAACCUUUCUUGUGUUCACAUUGUGGAAAAAGAUUCAGUCAGUCAGGAGCCCUAAAAGCACAUGAGAGAGUGCAUACUGGAGAGAAGCCAUACAACUACACUUCAUCUGAGAAGAGUUUAACCCAAGCAAAUCUCUCUUCUGACUCAUAAAAAAAAAAAGCAUUGUCCAGGGGUUUCACUGUGGGUAAAGUUCAUCUUUGUGUAAUGUGAAUGGUAUUCAGCUAUAUUUAAAAAAAAAAAAAAAGACAGGUUUAAUUACUUAUAGUGUAAGACAACUGCAACCAAUAACAUUCAACCAAUAGGCCAAGCCAGGGGUGACCAACCCUGCUCCUGGAGAGCUACCUUCCUGCAGAGUUUAGCUCCAACACAUCUGCAUUUUCAACUAAUCCUAAAAACCUUGAUAAGCUGGUUCAGGUGUGUUUGGGUUGGAUCUAAGGGUUGGGUUGGAUCUAAAUUCUGCAGGAAGGAAGCUCUCCAAGAGCAGGGUUCGUCACCCCUGGGCCAAGCUAUCUAAAAUGUCUAUGGUAUUGUUAGGAGUU